GGUGACACCAAUUCUCUGACAGACCCCAGUAACCGAAGGGUGGCGAGGAACGUGGUCAAGUAUGAGAAGCUGCUGGAGAUGGGGACGGUGGUGAGCACCGAACCCUUGAGACGCCCCAACAGCACCCGCCUGCAGAGCCGCGACGCCUACGAGGAGCUGUGCCAGCGCCCGGGGGGGCAGACAGCCCUGGAUCAUCUCCCGCUCCUUGGUUGCUCCUACGAGACCAACGGCAGCCCCUACCUCCUUCUCCAGCCUGCCAAGAAGGAGAUGGUCAGGAUCCAACCCUACGUGGCUUUGUACCACGAUUUCAUCAGCGACGCCGAAGCUGAGACCAUCAAGGGGUUGGCAGGGCCCUGGCUGCAGAGGUCCGUGGUUGCCUCUGGGGAGAAGCAGCAGAAAGCUGAUUACCGGAUAAGCAAGAGCGCCUGGCUGAAGGACACUGCUGACCCGGUGGUGAGGGCGUUGGAGCAGCGAAUCGCUGCCGUCACCGGCCUGGACCUGCGGCCACCCUACGCCGAGUACCUGCAGGUGGUCAACUAUGGGUUGGGAGGACACUACGAGCCACACUUCGACCAUGCCACG